GAAGGCCCGAGAAUCUGCGCAAGACAGCGGUUACGCAAGCGCGGAACAAUUCGCUGGCUGCGCAAUGCCCUGUGGGUCGUGUAGUUUCUGGGCUGGGCAUGACCGGAAGGAGGAGAGAAGAGCGCAUUGCAUGGCGGGAGAUAUAGUCCUCCCGGGAAGUCCCUCCUUCCUCGGAAGCCUGGCGGCGCCGGCGCACACUGCUCUUCCUUAAGGGCGGGAGUCUCGGUUUGUGGCGGGUUCGAUGAGGCGGUUGUGGCCGCACUACCGUUAGAAGCUCAAUUUCCCGGAGGCUCUAAGGCCCUUUGAGGCGAAAUGGCUCCGGGCGAGAAAGGAGCAGGGGGUGGCAAAGGAAGGGCCGCCGCGGCCUCAGGCUGACCGCAGGGUGGGAUCCUGAGGGCCCUCCAAGUUCCCUGGGCUUGCCGCUUUCUUUCUUUGCCGCCAGCCUGCCUACCGCGAGGAUGAGCUCGGCCUCGGUCACCGCUUUCGAGAAGGAGCAUCUCUGGAUGUAUCUGCAGGCGCUCGGCUUCGAACCAGGCCCGGCGACCAUUGCUUGCGGAAAGAUCGUGUCGCACACGCACCUCGGAGUGAACAUGUUUGACAAGCUGAACCGUGAUGCCUUUCAUAUAGUUUCUUAUUUUUUGUUUCAAAUACUGGACCAGUCUCUCACCAAAGAAGUUUUCAAAUUUUGUUGGCCCCCAUUUGACCAAAAAAGUGAUACUGAAUUCCGAAAACAUUGCUGUGAAUGGAUAAAAAGGAUUUCUGGUGAAUGUGGAAGUAGCUUUCCUCAAGUUGUUGGUUCACUAUUUCUUUCUCCUGGUGGUCCUAAGUUUAUUCAUCUGAUGUAUCAUUUUGCAAGAUUUGUUGCAAUGAAAUAUAUUAAAUCCAGUUCUGAAAAUUCUUCUCAUCGUUUUGCAGAGACAUUUAACUUAAAACCACAGGAUUUGCACAAAUGCAUUGCAAGAUGCCAUUUAGCACGUAGCAGAUUUUUACAAAUUUUACAAAGAGAAGAUUGUGUUACCCAAAAAUAUCAGGAAAAUGCACAGUUUCACUACUUUUUUCUCCUGAUUUUUUAGUUGCACAUAGGAAAUGUUUAUGAGGCUGGAAAAUUAAACCUCUUAACAGUUAUUCAAUUAUUGAAUGAAGUCUUGAAAAUCAUGAAAUACGAAAGUUGUCAGUCUGACCAAGCAGGAUUGACAGUAGACCUUCACUACCUUGAAAAAGAGACCAAAUUUCAGAAGGAAAGAUUAUCAGAUCUGAAGCAUAUGAGAUAUAGAAUAAAAGAUGAUCUCACAACUGUAAGACAUUCUGUUGUUGAAAAGCAGGGAGAAUGGCAUAAAAAGUGGAAAGAAUUUCUUGGUUUGUCUCCUUUCAGUCUAAUUAAAAGUUGGACUCCAUCUGUAGAUCUUUUACCACCAAUGUCUCCCCUUUCAUUUGAUCCUGCUUCAGAAGAAGUGUAUGCAAAGAGUAUUCUUUGUCAGUAUCCUGCUUCACUUCCAGAUACACAUAAGCAACAUAAUCAAGAAAAUGGUUGUAGAGGAGACAGUGAUACCUUGGGAGCUCUACAUGAUCUAGCCAACAGCCCUGCCUCUUUCUUGUUGCAGUCAGUUUUGCCAUCAGAUAGGAACAAUGUUACACUACUUGAAAAGGACACAAAGAUGAAAACUCCCAAAGAAAAGAACAAAGCAAUUUCUAAGAAAAUACCAGAAUUUGAAGUGGAAAAUUCUCCAUUGUCAGAUAUUGCAAAGAAUACAGAGAGUAGUGCAUUUGGAGGGUCUCUGCCAACUAAAAUAAGUGAUUCAUUUCAAAAAGAGCAAGAUCAUCUGGUAGAAGAGGUUGCCAGAGCAGUUUUAUUUGAUUCACCACCGUUCUCUGAGGGAAAAGAAAUAAAAUUAGAGGAACUAAUUGACUCUCUGGGUUCUAACCCCUUCUUAACAAGGAAUCAGAUUCCCCGCACUCCAGAAAACUUGAUAAGUGAAAUUAGGAGCUCAUGGAGAAAAGCUAUUGAAAUGGAAGAAAACAGAACUACAGAACCAAUUCAAAUGGAUACUGAGCAUAGAGAAGUAUUGCCAGAAUCAUCAUCUGUGUUGCAUGAUCAAAGAGAAUUUAGCAUGGCCGAUUUUCUCUUCGAAACCACUGUAUCAGAUUUUGGCCAGUCUCAUUCGACUGAAGAGAAAGAUGUUUCAGAUUGCAAGUGUGUGCCUCAGAAACAUGUGGUGACCAGUCACAUAGAUGAACCAAUAACACAAAAUCAGUCAGAUUUGUUAAAUAAGAAAGUAAUUUACAAGCAAGAUUUGGAAUGUAUAGCCUUAACCAAGCUUUCAGAAACUAGCCAAAUGGAGACAUUCUCCCCUGCUGUCGGCAAUAGGAUAGAUGUGAUGGGUGGCAGUGAAGAGGAGUAUACUAAAAUAUUGGACUACUUACAAGCUUCUUGUAACAAGCCUUCCACAAAUAAAACUACCUUGUGGAACUCUUUUCAGGUAUCAAGUGGAAUUAGUUCUGAGAGUUUUAAAGAUACUGAUUUUGGCAUAUUACAUGAAACUCUUCCGGAAGAAGUUGGUCACCUAAGUUUUAAUAGUUCCAGUAGUUCAGAGGCCAAUUUUAAACUGGAGCCAAAUAGUCCUAUGCAUGGUGGCAUUUUUCUAGAACAUGUUGUGGAAAGGAGACAGACUACUCCAGAAUCAGACUUCAAUAUUCAGGCUCUUUGCAGUAGAUAUGAGGCUCUAAAGAAAUCUCUUUCCAAGAAAAGGGAAGAAUCUUACUUCUCGAAUCCCCUAACACCUGAAAGACACAAACCAGUAUUGAGCCCUGCUACCCAAAAUGUACAAACAGAGGAUAUGCUUAACUUUUUGGACACCCAUGAUUUGCAUACUGACCAUACAAAGCCAUCAUUACGCAUGUCCAUUGGUGAAAGAAAACAGUCUCUUUCACCAUUAAUUAAGUUUUCUCCAGUAGAACAAAGAUUGAGGACCACAAUAUCAUGUAGUCUUGGAGAACUACCUAAUUUAAAAGAAGAAGACAUUUUGAAUAAGAGCCUUGAUGCAAAAGAACCUCCGUCUGACUUGACAAGUUGAAGACGUACCUAUUUAAUACGACUAUGAUGCACUUAAAUUGAAGCUAUGCCACAGGAUAGAAACUGAUUUAUAACUUAAAUACAUAUUGGAAGUGUAGCACUGUUUUUCAAGGUUUAAAAAAAAUUCCAAAUGCCUUUUAGCCUUCUUUAAUAUUUUUAGGUAAGGAAAGUAUGUUAGGAUUUUUUCUUUUUGUAGGUGUAUGAGAUUGAAAUGUGAAGUAUUUGGAAAGCAAAUGUCAAGCAAUGGGAAGCCAUUUUGAUUUCCUGAGUAAUCUUGUAAGCAUUAAGCAUAAAUGACAAAGUACUAGUGUAAUUCUUAUAACUUAAGUCAGUUAAUAUAAGGAUGAGUAGUUUUUGUUGUAUGUUCACUAAGUGGUUAAUAGCCAUUGAAUAUACUAAUCUUAAAUCUUAGGGAAGUAUACAACUUUUACUGUUUCUUUAUGGAACAUUCUGGCUAACCAGAAAAAGCGAGAAAAAUAGUGCCUUGUGAUGUGUAGUCAAGAUGACAAAUUUUAAGACUGGAAAAGCUCUAAAGAGGCUUCAUGAUUAUUCAAGUAGUAUGAUCCCAAGUAGUGAUGUUUGGUAGAAUAAAGUGCAUGUGAUGAUUAAGUGAAGACUGGGGCAGAAUGAUUUAAAAAAAGGAAAAAGAUGGAAGAAGAUGAGUAGACACUUGCAAGGAACACUGUCAAAUUAUAAAUCCAUCCAGUGGGUUGUAUAACAUUUACGUUUAGUCUAAUUUAGACUUUGAUAAUUUAAUCCUAGUUUAAUAUUUUAACAAAAAAUAUAAAUUUUCAUUAGUCUGUUUUAUUGUUGUUGGGUUUUUUUGAGGUGCCCUCUGUUGGGGGAGAGGAACAAGGAACAACCAUCAAAAUUCCUCAUUCCCUACAGAAUAGCCUCACAAUAACUUGAGAAAACUGAACUUGGGGUUAAAUAACUUGGCAUGCUGGCACAGUCUCCUGCCUCAUUCCUUCAGAUGCCCUGCCCAGAGAAAGACUUGUGUCUAGCAUCUAAGUGAACACAUACUAUUCGCCCUCUGUAAAGCAGGAGGAAUGGAACAGGCACUGGGAGGGUGAUCUUACCUACAGUGCCCUUCAUAGACCCCAUCUCACAGCCAUCAAAAUCUUGUCCACUAGUCCCCAAGGAACUGGCAAGGAGAGAAGGUGGAGGGGAAAUUUAUGGAAGUAAGUGGCUUAACAGUCAUCUUUCUUCACUUAUCUUGGGCUACCUGUCUCUAAGUCGUUUGUCCUGUCCCAGUGUGAAGACUCAUCUUUUUGUGAGAAAAGACAAAAGAAAGCACUUGUAACUACCUUCUUUGUAAUGGAAAAGGAGGAAGAAAAAGCUUCACCUAAGCUGCUGUCUUUUAUUAGUUAAUACAGCAAAUCAGGGACUCAGCAGGUCUAUGGGGAAACUAUUCUUUAGUCUGCUUUAAGAAAACUCAGGAUCUGAAAAUCUUAGCAUGUAAGGCUGUCUUAUCAGCAUCUGCAGAAGUGCCAUGGCCAUUGCUAGACACUUAAUGUGCAUUAUUUCACUUAAUUAUAUUUUAAAUAUGCUUCCCUGGUAAUUCUUCAGCUCAACAAAGAGUGAGAACUGCUGCUAGGAAAUAGAGAUUCACAUUUAACCCUGUGGUACUUUUAAGAAGCAGGUAUGUGGUUGCAUAUAUGCUUUGGUAGAGAUUGUUAACCAUCUAAUAGGGAAGCUCAGUUUCGCCAGUCAAGUCUGAGAAGCCCUUAAUUACUGAGAAUCAAAAGAGCAGAAUCUGUAGACAUUUUGGAUUUGUUUAAAAAAAAAAUGUUAAGUGAGUUAUACCUGUGAUAGGCUGAAAGUUUUUGACAUUCUUUCCUGUUCUUUAUGUGCCAGUACCAUAAACAAAAUUAUCUCACAUGUAUCACUUUCUUUUCCUAAACCACUGUGAUUGCAGCUUUUUGCCUUCAGCCUUUUCCCUAUCCAGUAGCUCCUGCAUAGUUGCCUUGUGAUCUUAAGGAACUGUUUUGAUUGGGUCACUUCCUUGCUUAAAAUUCCCUUAAUGGUUCAUUGUUAAUUCUAGAAUUAAGUUCAAAUUUAAAGACAUGUAAGAUCCCUUUAAUGGAUUUUGUCUAUUCCCCCUUCCACUGUAAUCUCCCAUUUUUUUACUGAACUGUUUCAGUGAGCAUGGGUCUUUAGAAACCUUGAUUUACAAUUCUCCUGAGGCAGGAAUACCUUGCCUUCCUCUCCUAGCUUACCACAAUUACAGCUGUAUUUUAAAUCUCAGAACAAAUCUGACUUCUACCUUGAAGUCUUAAUCUACCCUUUUUAUAUCCAUGUGCCUAACUCCUCCUCUGAAAUAUUCUAUGAUUUGUCUUUUUAUUCAUUUAAUAUUCCACUAAUUUUAUUAUUUUUUUAUGUUUGUGUGUGGUCUCUCUAGUUAUAGCAGUGCAUACAUAAAUACAGAUACACCUAUGUAAAUAUGUGUUGGGUGUAUGCAUUCAUACAUAUACCCCAAGGGCCAUGUGUCAUCUUUAGCAAUAUUUAAGUAUUGGAAUUGUUUUGUUUGCCCCCUAUAUCAUGGAAUAAAUGGUAAAGAGGGCGAAGUUAUUGCUGUAAGUAUAUUUCUCAUUACAUUAACAUUAGACAUUAUAUAGAAUGUAUUUUGUUUUAUUCACUAUUUGUUAAGAUACAAAGGUGUAUAAACUGACUUCUACAUCAGCUUGAAAACCUGAGAUAAUGCUAAAAUGUUUUAGUUAUUUUAAAUGUUUAAAGAGGGAAGCGUAUAAUAUUGCUAAACGUGAAAAAUGGUAUCAAGUAGAAUAAAGAAUAGUUGAAGUUAACAUUUGGGGGAAAUUUAACUGAAAACAAAAAUACAAGUAUUUUGAAACCUUUUCUUUACCGUAAGUCUCUUGACUUUGAAGUCAAAUUUAUCUAAAGUAAAAACAGGAAUUCUGGAGACCUAUAUAAAAGUUAUUAUUUUCCUACUCUGAGUGUACUAAAAUUAAAAUACAUUGAAUGAAGUUUUCCUCAAUGUACAAGUAUUGAAGUAAAUGUUUCUUUUGUAUUAUGUUGCAGAUAUAGUUAACUCUAGAAGUGACCUUUUUCCUUAUGCACUGUGAAUAGCAAGUCGGCAUCCUAUGUUUAAAAUAUUUGAGAAUCCUCUAUGGGACUCUUAGUAAAUGUUUUAGAUACUGUUGUUUUCAAUAAAUAUUUUAUAUUAUCUGGC